GACGUUACAGGCAGUGGCGGCAGUACAUGUGAGAGUUGUGGUAUUGAACAUAUAUCUGCAAAAAUCCACUUGUUUUGUCAAAUUUGCACUUACCCCAGUGUUCUGCAAUAACGAGAUUUUCAAGGUGCUACCAUGGUUCGCAUUUACCAACGUAAGACGGAGAGAGCGACAUCAUAUAAUAAGGAACAGCUGCAACAAGCACUGGAAGAUGUCAGACCUGGAAAAACAAUACUACAUACAGCAAGCCGAAAUUGUGCAAUUCCAAAAACAACAAUGCACAAUCAUUUAACUGGUGUCAGAGGAAAAAAAAAUGAUUCAUUAGGUAGAGGACCAGUUAUUCAUGUCGAACAUGAACGCAAAUUAGCCGAAGGUUUGAAAACUCUAAAAAAAUGGGGCUUUGGAUUAUCAAAACGUGAAGUUCUGUUGAUUGUCUCUGAUUUUGUUACACAAAAUAAUAUAAGAACGCCAUUUCUAUUUACACAUUCUAGUGACGACUUAUCUGAUAUAGAUCCAGCGUUAGAUGAUGAUUCUUUAGAUGAGCUAUCUGAUAUAUAUCCACCGUUAGAUGAUGAUUCUUUGGAUAAUGAUUCGCUAGAUGAUUUGGUUGAGGACAUCCUAGAUGACGAUAUGGGCAACAAUAUUGAAAAUGUAAAGGAAGAUUUUAAGUCUGGACAGUGGCUUGUAGUGAAAUAUACCGGAAAGAAAUCUGUGAAAUACUUCAUUGGAACUAUAGUAGGAUUUGACGAGGAAAACAACAAUCCAACUGUUAAAUUCGCGAAAAAGAAGAAUAACAAUUAUACAUUUUACUGGCCAGAUAAUGAUGACACUGACACUGUUUCCAGGGAAAAUAUUGCCAUGAUAUUGCCAGAUCCUGCAGAAAAUAGAAGAGGAAAAUCGUUCCAGUUCAAUGUAUAUUUCAUAGGACUGAAUUUCGUAUGCUAGGAAAUCUAGCUAUUAUAUUUUGUUCUCAUCCAAAAAUAUUGGACUUAUUAUAAAAAUAAAUAUUAAUGACACUAAA